GCCCCGCCCUCCGCCUAUAAGAGCUGUGCGGCACUGCAGCUAGCGCAGUUCUCACUGAGACCCGUCACCCGGACUCUACGUGAGACCCACCGCCCGGACUCACCAUGCGCGAAUGCAUCUCAGUCCAUGUGGGGCAGGCAGGCGUCCAGAUGGGCAAUGCCUGUUGGGAGCUCUACUGCCUGGAACAUGGGAUCCAGCCUGACGGGCAGAUGCCCAGCGAUAAGACCAUCGGUGGAGGGGAUGACUCCUUUACCACCUUCUUCUGUGAAACUGGCGCUGGGAAGCAUGUGCCCCGCGCCGUGUUUGUGGAUCUGGAGCCCACGGUGAUUGAUGAGAUCCGAAAUGGCCCGUACCGCCAGCUCUUCCACCCAGAGCAGCUCAUCACCGGGAAGGAGGACGCUGCGAACAACUACGCCCGUGGCCACUACACCAUCGGCAAGGAGAUCAUCGACCCGGUGCUGGACCGGAUCCGCAAGCUGUCUGACCAGUGCACGGGACUCCAAGGCUUCCUGGUCUUCCACAGCUUCGGAGGGGGCACCGGCUCAGGCUUCACGUCUCUCCUGAUGGAGCGGCUCUCGGUUGACUAUGGCAAGAAGUCCAAGCUGGAGUUCUCCAUCUACCCCGCGCCCCAGGUGUCCACGGCCGUGGUGGAGCCCUACAACUCCAUCCUGACCACCCACACCACCCUGGAGCACUCGGACUGUGCCUUCAUGGUGGACAACGAGGCCAUCUAUGACAUCUGCCGCCGCAACCUGGACAUCGAGCGCCCCACCUACACCAACCUCAACCGGCUCAUCAGCCAGAUCGUGUCCUCCAUCACGGCCUCCCUGCGCUUCGACGGGGCCCUCAACGUGGACCUGACGGAGUUCCAGACCAACCUGGUGCCCUACCCCCGCAUCCACUUCCCCCUGGCCACCUACGCGCCGGUCAUCUCUGCGGAGAAGGCCUACCACGAGCAGCUGUCGGUGGCAGAGAUCACCAACGCCUGCUUCGAGCCUGCCAACCAGAUGGUGAAGUGUGACCCCCGCCACGGCAAGUACAUGGCCUGCUGCCUGCUGUACCGGGGCGACGUGGUGCCCAAGGACGUCAACGCCGCCAUCGCCGCCAUCAAGACCAAGCGCAGUAUUCAGUUUGUGGACUGGUGCCCCACGGGCUUCAAGGUCGGGAUCAACUACCAGCCCCCCACCGUGGUGCCCGGGGGCGACCUGGCCAAGGUGCAGCGCGCCGUGUGCAUGCUGAGCAACACAACCGCCAUCGCCGAGGCCUGGGCCCGCCUGGACCACAAGUUCGACCUGAUGUACGCCAAGAGGGCCUUUGUGCACUGGUACGUGGGUGAGGGCAUGGAGGAAGGGGAGUUCUCGGAGGCCCGGGAGGAUAUGGCUGCCCUGGAGAAGGAUUACGAGGAGGUGGGCAUCGACUCCUAUGAGGACGAGGACGAGGGAGAAGAAUAGAACUGCCUGGACCCCACUCACUAUGUUUAUUGCAAAAUCCUUUCGAAAUAAACAGUCUCCUUGCACGGUU